AUGUACGAUGGGUACAUCAUGGCCUUCCCUUGCUAUGAAGGAGUCCUUUUGGAGGCUGUGAACGGCUUUGCAGGCUGUCUGCAGGCAUGCUCCAAGCCACUGGCCCAAACCAGAAUGUAUCGCAGUAUAGGCAUGGGAUCUCAGCCUCGCAUGCACUACUGCGGACACAAGAAGUACCACCCCAUCAAGCAGAUCUGCUGCCAUGGACGCAGACACAUUAGGGUCCCUGAAAUGUCCUGCUGUGGCACAGAGAUGUACAACCCUUGGAGCGAUGAGCCCUGCUCUGGAAGGUUCAAGAGUUCAAAGGGAAUUUUUCUGGAUGGCACGACUGCCAAAAACAAGGGGAAGGAAAGGGAGGUGGAAGGAACUUUCUCUCCUCUAGCCUCAGAUCAGCAUCUGAACUGUGACUCAGGAGGCAGGCAGCUGCAACGUUUGGCACAGUGGAAGAGACAGGAAAUUUGCUGCAGCCAGGUGUUUCUGGGUUGGGUCGAGAGCGUGGCCCAGGCCCAGAAGCUGACCAUGGUCAUGACCGCUAUCCUGAGGAUCAAUGGCACACAAGUGACCCCCGAGGCCCAGCCGCAACGCCUGCACAUCUCCCUCAACUGUGUCCGCCCUCACACGCCGCACGGAGUAGCCUACCUGUGGACAGGGGCCAAGUGCCCAACAUUGUUGAUCUCUGACAUCAGUGAGUUGACCGCCCCAGUGCACGCACUUCUUUCCCGCCGGCAAAAACUCAAGUGUGACGUUUACGAGAACUAAUGGAUCAUGAAACCUUGAAAGCAUGGUCCAGGCUGGUAAGGAAGUAUGGAGGUGUGUCAUGGAGUUAUGAUUGUUUUUUUGUUUUUUCAUUUGCUAAUUUUAAAGGGUGCUUUUACGAUCCAAGGGUGCUUUUUCGAUCCAGUGUCUAUGUUACGAUCAUUCAUUUAUAAGCUUGUAUGUACUGUGGUUAUGUAGUAGUAAGCUAUGCUUUAUUACCCCCAGAGAAGAAAUACUCUUUUCUGAUUGGCUGUAGGGUGGUUAUUAAUUUUGAAUAACAGGACACCUAUGACGUAGAUUUAGUAAAAAAAAAAAGUUUAAUCACCGUUCCAUAUCAAUGCUCAUUAAAUGGUAAACGACAGUUGAGUCUGGAAGCAGGCUAUAACUGUAAACAAGCUGACUGCCCACCGUCGUCACUGUCAGGACCAAAGAAAGUAGUAGGCCUACAACAAACUGAACAAGUCGGCUUCUUUUUAAACUGAACCAUUUGUUUCCUUUUGCAUGCUGGAAAGGCAUAUAGUGGCAACCCGGUGAUAAUCAGGAUAACAGCCUUCAAGGUGUCCCGUUAUAUGGAAUUUAUGGGCUUGCCGGAGGAAACUCUACUGUGCAUCAGGUAAUUUUUUGUCUCCACCUCGUUCAUUAAUUUCGUAUAACGGGACACCUCGGCAACCGUUAUCUCUUACAUAAAAGUCAGACUGUUGAACACAGAAUAUUUGUUUCUUGGCAUAGUGCAAUAUUUCUAAGUAAGAAUGCAGCACGUUUGUAGUAUCAACUUAAUCAGCUCAGGUUCACUGUGAGUCUACUCUCUAUUUUUUUAAUUGAGUGAUCUUGCCAGUUCAAUUUAAAAUAGCAAAUUACUGGAGACUCAGAUGCGGUGAUUUCAGAUUUAUCUAUUUGAUCAAAUCCCCUUCAUUCCUAUCAGUGUACCUAUUUUUAUUCUAUAUUUAUUUUAAAUAAUGAAAUCUCAGGUCCGUAUAUUGGAUGCCAACAUUUGCUGUUUGCCAGGGUAAAACCUAUUCAAGGGGAAUAUGUUUAGUGCUUAAAUGACUAUAGCCAUUAUCUCAUGGAAAGUGAAUCCUGUAGGUGAAGUGUGAUAGGCCCUACUUUCAGACUGUAACACAUAGCAAACUAGAUGUACAAAAUAUGACCGCCGCUCAGUCCUGUACAUCCGUUCCGCGAAAAUAAAUCACACUUCAAUUUGUCUCCAUAUUUUACUCCAUCCCCCACUCUUGA